AGAAUUCUUACAUCCAAUUGUUUUAAGGACAAACGUCUUGAAAUCCCGGUUCAACAGUGCAUCAAAACUUCAGACGCACUAAUCUCAAGAAGCAAGCUUCAAACAACAAUGCAUUUUAUUAUUCUGUUCUUGCUCACUUGUAAUAAGCUCAAAAUAAGAAGCUCAGGUACGCUGGUUUUGUUUACGAAGAGAUUUGUGCCCUCAAAAUCGUGAGGAGGUGCCAAAGUCGGCCAUUGUGGCGGCCAUAUUGGGAUUCUAACAAGUCUGUCCUUAAUUAUUUGUUUUAGCCAGUGCUCAAAACAAACUUACAAUAAUCCAAAAAAUCAACUGAGAUGGUUGAAAAACAGCUGACUCAUGUGAGAUAAUACGGAGGGAAGUGUUUGUCACGUCGCCAUGUUUCAAGAGUCAACAGUAUUACAUACUUGUUAAUUGCAAUUCAUUGUAUCCACGUCUUAUUAUUAGGCUGGACAAGCACGUAAGACGAUUGAGAUGCGGUCUGCGCUUCUAAGUAAUGAAUUCUUGAGUAUCUGCUGUGCACUCGUAAGGCGAGAUGAUAAACGAGGUCACCUAGUGUUAGAAAAAAGAAGAAGGCAAAAUCAAAUCCAACUGAAAGUUUCCAUCAAGUGAUAGUGCAAGUGAAAAAGUGUAUAUCCGCCAAGCGGAAAUUAGUGCAUAAUUGUAUCACUCUACAAAGUCUACUGUGUUAGCCAAGGCAAACCUAAUCAAGGAGCAGCACUGAAAACAAUCAGCGUGGCGUUGAUACGUGGGUGAAAGCCAAACUUCAGUUCAAGGAUUCAUUGGCCCAAUACCGAACGCAUAGAACCCUUUUUGGUUGCUCAAUAUCCAUCAUCAUACUAUACUACCUUCAUCACGCUAUCUCCUCCUAGAGAUUGAUAGUAUAGAAACCAAAAACACAAGAAGCCUCUGCUACAGCUACAACAAAAGAUUAGUUGACCUACACGACAAAUCGGUUAAAUUAAAAAUAAAAGCGAACGAGUAGCGAAUCCUAAGCAAGGCAACUACUCAUCCGGAGCGCGGUGUAGUUGACUCCAAACUUUUCUUCUCGUUCAAUAUUAGCGCCAUAUCUGACGCUGGGUGCGGGCGAAUCUGCGCCCCGCCAAAGCAGGAUCCACAAGCCGGCACACUGUCUUUCGCAAGCUUCAAGAGUAGCUUCACCAGCAAUGUUAAUUUCCUGAAGCGGCGAGAUUUUUUACCUGGUAGAUUCAGCUCGGGAGACUUGUCUUCUGAGUGUGAUGAUGUCGAUCCCAAAGAUUUACCACCAGCAGCACGCCCACAACCCCCUCUACAGCAGCAACCAAUGCCUGGUGGACCGCCAAAUAUCCCCCCGCCUCCGGCACCCGGCUCGGCCGUAUCACCCGGGCCAGUUCCAGGGUCUGCACCUCCCACGGGGGGACCCGAACUAUCACUGAGCUUCGGGAAAGGACCCCAACGGGGAACCAGUGCACCAUCUAGUCCAGCAAAGUCACGCGAAAGUUUGCUGCAGCGUGUACAGAGCUUAACCGGCGCGGCACGUGACCAGGGUGCUUCGAUUAUUGGAGCGGCCGUUUCCAGUGCAGCCCGAGUUCAGCCAUUUAACAAGGACAAAUGCUUCACACUGCUAGUGCUAGACGAUCAGAACACGGAUUGGUCGAAAUACUUCCGAGGCAAGCGUCUGCACGGAGACUACGACAUACGGGUAGAGCAAGCGGAGUUCCGAGAAAUUUCAUUGACUGCCAAUGCUGACGCUGGUCCACUGGUGUCGUUCAACCGUGGCAGUUCCAAACAACCCAAGUCGUAUCGUCCCGACUUUAUCCUGGUUCGUCAGGCACCUCGCGACGGAGCAAAGGACUAUCGAUCCACGCUGCUAGGAUUGAAAUACGGAGGAGUGCCAAGCAUUAACUCGUUACACUCGUUGUAUCAAUUCCAG